CUUGAUCUGUUCUACCCCUGUACCCACCCUCUCCCUCUCACUGUUCUGUGACCAUUCGGACGAGCCAGCCUUCAGCAACAGUUUUCUGAUGCCAGCAGGGCAAGCCAUCGAACAGCAGCCACGACGCAGCAAGAGGAUCGCAGAUCGUCAACAGCGACAGCAACCUGCAGUUCGACAGCAGCCACAGACCAGCACUCAGAUGGCGAUCACGCCGAACAACGGAACAUCAUCCGAGACUUCGACAUCUAGCGAUGUCGAACCAUUGUCGAUCUGUCCUGCUCAAGGGCCGAAUGAGUCAAUCACGGACUACAUUCAGAGAGUGAAGACCGACACGGACGCACUCACCCUUGCCAAGGAACGGCAAGAUGCUGCCGAAGCAGAAAAACAGCGGCUGGCAGCAGAAGCUAUAGCCCAAGCCCAGCGACAAGCUGAGGCGGAGCAGUUGGCGGUCGACAAGCUCAACGCCGACAGUGCCGACCUAUUGAUCUCUCAACACGAUCAGUGGGCAGCUGUGCUCAACGGGAUGUGUUAUGUCCCCGUAGCAGGCGCCGAGCCAACGGCAGUACAGCAGGAGAGACAAAACCUGGCAGACAUUUUACUAUGCACGAUGCAUGCAGUUAUAUGGAACAACACCAUGGGGGACCUUCAUUCCAGGUCUACACGGCAGCUGCAGCAUGAUCUUAGCCAUAACGUGAAGACACUUGCAGCAGCCGUCAAGGUCGCGGACUCCCAGCUGCAACAGAUGGACAGCCGCAUUGCUGCUCUGGAGGCAAGACCCUCCCAAGCAGCGCCAGGCUGCACGACAGACACGGCGAAACAGCUCAACGAGCGCAUCGACCAUGUCGUCAAUCUAAUCGGCGAACUAGGUGAUUCCACUAGUCCGGCCACGAUCAGCAGCACAGUGGCCGCCAUCAAGACGAUCAUCACCAAACUGCAGAUAAGACCGGACACCGCUAAAAAGAACUACAAGAUGCCGCACUUCAACAUCAGCAAGUUUGACGACUACAACAAGACAGACACCUUGACAUGGUGGCAAGGUUUCCUCACGGAAGCAUCCUGCCGCACUGUCCCGACUGAAGACAUGAUGAAGGCGCUCUACCUCCAACUGAUUGGAGGAGCACAGGCAUGGAUGAACCAUCUUGCGGCCACCAAGAAAUGCACCAUCGCCGAACUCCACACGCACAUUCCGUGGAAGGAGUUCGAGCAACUAUGGUUCACUCGAUUCAUGGUCCGCAACAUCGUGAAGGCCGCCAUGAACGAGGUGUAUACCAGCUCACAAGGAAGCAUGCCAACUCGAGACUGGACGAUCAAGUGGCAGAAGAUAGUGACCACGCCAGGCUUCGAUUUGAGUUUUCCAAACCAACGAUCCGAGUUCUUCUCGCGAUCGUGCGCAGGACUGCGAACGACACUCGACAACGAGUACGAUUAUGCCUCAUUCCAGGCUAUUCUGGAUCGUGCGAACCCGAUCAUCCAAACGGAUGACAAGGCCGCUAACGAACGACAGUCCCAGCCGCACUAUGUGGCUAAGCAGGGCUAUCAACGACCGACACAUAACAAUGUCGUGAUUUCUGAAGAAUCAGUCGAUCUCCACGCUGCAGCAGCAUCCUCGAGUGAUGGAGGAACUAUCGCAGCGCUCCCGCCAAAGCGUCCCAAGAGAGUUCGGAAGAACAAGGCGACACAAGCGACGACAUCGACAGGAACUGGGCAGCAACCAUGGAUGGCGUUCAACAUAACCAAGGAAGUAUUUGAUCUUCGUGAACGAAUUCGCGACGCCAUAGCUCAGAAUGACGUCGAGGAGAUGGGCCUUGUAUUCUUGCAUGCUCUCCCCUCGCCGGACGGACCAGCCGCGUCACCGCCGGACCCACGCAUUUCUCACCUCUUGGACGAGUAUGGAGAUGUCUUUGAGGCUCCCACCGGAACGGUUCCGGAUCGGCCCAUACGUCACGGGAUCACUCUCGAGACUGGCGCCGUCCCUCCGCGUGGAUGCAUUUACCGCAUGAGCGAAGAGGAACUCGAGGUGCUUCGCGCACAACUCAAUGACCUUCUCGACAAGGGCUGGAUUCGCCCUAGUUGCUCGCCAUACGGUGCCCCUGUUCUCUUCGUCCGGAAGAAGAACAAAGAUCUACGGUUAUGCAUCGAUUAUAGAAAACUUAACGCAGAAACCGUAAAAAAUGCCGGCCCUCUCCCUCGGAUUGAUGAUCUCCUUGAGCGGUUAGGCGGCGCGACGUACUUCUCGAAGUUGGACUUGAAGUCGGGUUACCACCAGAUUGAAAUCCAGCCUCAAGAUCAGUACAAAAACGCGUUCAAGACGCGGUACGGGCACUUUGAGUGGGUGGUCAUGCCAUUUGGCCUCACCAAUGCCCCCGCGACUUUCCAAGCAGCUAUGACGAUUGAGUUUCGCGACUUGCUCGAUCGCAGCAUCCUCAUCUACCUCGAUGACAUGUUGGUUUAUAGUAGGACGUUGGACGAGCACAUCGUACACCUUCGCGCUGUUUUGGAUCGUUUGCGACUGGCCAAGUACAAAGCGAAUCUCGACAAGUGCCAGUUCGCCAAGCAGGAGCUUGAGUACUUGGGUCACUAUGUCACGCCGAAAGGCAUUCGUCCCUUAGUGGACAAGAUCCAAGCCAUCGAGGAUUGGCCGGAACCUCGUUGCACGACAGAUGUACGCUCUUUCAUGGGUUUGGCUGGAUAUUAUCAGAGAUUCAUCGAGUCAUACUCGAAAGUGGCCGCUCCUUUGUCGAGACUUCAGUCCCCAAAGGUGCCUUUCGAGUUGGACGACGCAGCCCGUGGCACGUUCACUACGUUGAAGGUAGCAAUGCAAGCCGCACCUGCCCUCCUGUCACGAGGACGGUUGGCAUCCAGUCGAGUAUUUCUCCCAAAAGGUGCCUCUUGCAAUACUCUCAACGACGCUAGAAAGAAAGAGCUACUCGCAUUCGUCACCGUUCUCAAAUGGUGGCGCCACUUUCUUCUCGGUCGUCGGCGUUUUAAAUGGAAUACAGACAACAAUCCAUUGACCUUUUAUAAAAUGCAGGAUACGGUCACUAGUACGAUCGGUCGAUGGAUGUAUUACAUCGACCAGUUCGACUUUGACCCGUGCCACAUUCCCGAUCCCGCCAAUCGAGCUGCGGACGCCCUCUCACGAUGGCCCGAUUUUUGUCCCAUUGUGACCACGGCAUUCGACCUCGAUGACGAUCUGCAGCCGCAUUUCGUCAAAGGCUACAAGUCCGAUCCGACUUACUCUACGCUUUACGCAGAGCUUUCAUCGGAUCACCCGCCGGCUAGCCAUUAUCGGAUUUCCGACGGGUUCCUUCUCCUUCACACGAGAGGAAAGGACUUGUUAGUUGUGCCCCAAGAUCGCAUCUUACGGACUCGUCUUCUCGGCGAAUUCCACGAUGCACGACUUUCGGCACACCUUGGCGUAAACCGCACAUUAACACGCCUCCGCGAGCGUUUUCCCUGGCCCGACGUCCUUCACGACGUCACGAGGUACAUUGAGUCAUGUGCAGUUUGCCACCGUAACAAGGGUCGAUCUCGAGUCCCCUUCGGCGAGCUGAAACCGUUGCCGAUUCCUAGGGCACCGCGCCUCUCCAUUGCUAUGGACGUGAUAGGCCCGUUCCCCCGCGAUCGCCUCGACCAUGACGGUAUUCUCACGGUCGUUGACCGUUUGAGCAAAUAUGCUCGCUUUCUUCCUUGCAAGUAUCAUGUUGCAGCGCCUGAGCUCGCACGACUCUUGCACACCGGUUGGAUUACCAACCAGGGUGUUCCGGAAGACAUAGUGAGCGACCGAGAUACUCGCUUCAUGUCGGCCUUUUGGACUUCCCUUAUGGCUGAGUCCGGUACGACAAUGAAGCCGAGCUUGGCUCGGCACCCGCAGACGGAUGGCCAGACGGAGCGAGCACACCAGACCGCUCAGAUGAUGUUGCGUACGCUCAUCCGUCCUAACCAGAAAGAUUGGGUUGACCGUCUUCCCGACAUCGAGCUCGCCUAUAACACUUCGGUGCACCUGGCGAUCUGCGUCACACCAUUCGAGUUACAUCCUGGUGGAGAGAAAGCACGGAUCUUCGCUGAUCUCCUUCUACCACGGGCUGCCGACAUAGACGUCCCUUGCUCUCCCGCCUCCGUUCGGAAGUACCGGGACUUGCUGAUCAAAGCCCGCGCAAAUAUGCAAAAGGCCCAAAUCCGCAUGCAGCAGCAAGUUAACCGACGUCGACUUCCAUGUCUUUUCUGCGAGGGAAACCUGUUUUGGGUCCUCUCCGAAGAAUUUGCGCUCGAGCAGGACAUUUCGCGCAAACUCCUUCCGAAAUGGUUCGGACCAUGGGAAGUUACUUUUGCCGUUGGAGACGACCCCGCAAGUCCUUCCUUUGUGGUCAACAUUCCACCGCACCUUCCAGUGCACCGGGUCUUCCACGCGUCGAAGCUGGCCAUCUACACGCCACCUUCCGCUGACGAGUUUCCUGGCCGACGAUCACAGGAUCCGCCUUCUAUGGAUGGACAUCAGGAAGUCGACCGAGUCAUCACGCACCGCAAGUAUGGCAACAAGCCAAUGCAGUUCAAAGUCACAUUCAAGCAAUGUGCGCCUCACGACACUCGGUGGAUCUCUAGUGCAGACUUGCAGACUUCUGCACCCCUUAUCUUCGCCGACUAUGAGAAGCGACGCCUUGCCGGACAGACAACUCCGCCCUCGCAGGUAGCUCGGUCUUUUAAGAGGGGGAGUGUGUUACAUCUUCGAUGCCACAUGGGUCCUACCGGACCCUACUUAGGGCCAAGGGGACACAGUAGGGCCUAAAGGCCCAGACUUGGGGGUAUAACAGGCCGAAAGGCCGCAUUUUGGA